CAAUAUGAGCAGAUCCCUUCAGAUACCUGAGAAUCCGUUUCAAGGCACUCCAAUGUUCUUGUGUUGGAUGAGAGGGUCGGUGCAGCAAGCCUUGACUUAUGUCAAUGGUCGAGCAAGGAAAUUAAAAAGGAUCAACUAUCCCACUAGUAGAAUGGCAAUGCACAACAGCCUGAUAUGGUUAUUUGCCAAGGGGGCCAUGAAAACGUUACCCUGCGGCAUGUUUGGUCUCGCCAAGGAUAUUCGGUUGGCCAAGCUGUGGGGGUCGACCCCCCCAACGCAUCAUAACCUGGAUAGAGUCUCACGAUUGCUAGACAAGGGGGCGAAGAUAGUGAAUGGGGUCAUCAACACCACCCUGGUGGAGAUCACACAUGCAGCCGAUCAUGAAAUCACCAUGGCGCGAGAAUGCAAUGACAACGGUUUUGAGAUGGUCCAAGACUUCAAAGGGGACGAUCUCUACUCGCAACACGCCCUCAAGCGAGUUGAGAAAUUGAAACGAAACAAGAAACAACCUCCAUCCACAAGGAGCCUCAGGCCGUUUUCUGGCGAACCCUGAUUCCCAGUGUUGCAUUCAAAAGGCCGAGAUCGGGGAUAUCCAGUCCAUGUUCUGACGCAGGGUCUGUCGAAGUUCGAUCGUGGGCACGGAAGACCCCCUUACUCAGAGUCGAAACCUGGAACCUGUCACUCUUGUGGCCUGCAAGGUCAAUGGCAGCGGGAUUGUCUUGCCCGAAAUCGUAUUUCGAAGCCACCAUGAGGGUUUUCUCCUCAAUAACGCCUGGUGAGUGUUUUCUUUUUAACCAAAACUAAGCUUUUGUUCACGGCCCUUCCUUUUCCUGUAAAUUUGUUUGCUUAUUAUACUACCAGAAUUGCAGUUUUUUAUUUUGUUUAAAUUAUUAUUUU